AUGUAAUUAUUGUUGUUGUUGUCGCUGUGGUUAUUUAUUGCUGACGUAUAUGGAACCCAUUCACACGGACUUUUUAAGAAGCUUGGCAUUCCUGGGCCCACACCUCUGCCUUUCUUGGAAACCCUCUUGACCUACCGCCAGGGUGUUUGGAAUUCUGACAUAGAAUGUCCUAAAAAGUAUGGGAAAGUGAGUAUGGGGUUGUACCAUGGUCCACUGCCUGUGUUGGCUAUCAUGGAUCCCGACAUGAUCAAAUCAGUGUUAGUGAAAGAAUUUUAUUCUGUUUUCACAAACCGGAGGGUAGGUAUUUAUUGGAAAACUUUUAUUAUUUAUUUAUUUAGUUACAUCUUUGGUGCCUACAGCAUGGAUGUGAUUAUUGGAACAUCAUUUGGAGUGAACAUUGAUUCCCUCAACAACCCACAAGAUCCCUUUGUGAACAAUGUCAAGAGGCUCUUAAAAUUUGAUUUCCUCGAUUCAUUUUUUCUCUUGAUCGCAUUCCUUCCAUUUCUUACUCCAAUUUGUGAGGCAUUAAACAUCUCUUGCUUUCAAAAAAAUGCUACAAAUUUUUUUAAACAAGCCAUAGAAAGGAUAAAAGAAAGUCGCCUCAAUGAUAAACAAAAGCACCGAGGAGAUUUCCUUCAGCUGCUGAUGGACACCCAGAAUUCCAAAGAAACAGAAUCCUGUAAAGGUCUGUCUGAUCUGGAACUCAUGGCCCAAUCAAUUGCCAUUAUUUUGGGUGCUUAUGAGACCACUACCAUUGCUUUUCUCAUUACAUAUGAACUAGCCACUCACUCUGAUAUCCAGAAGAAACUACAAGAGGAGAUUGAUGCAGUUUUUCCCAAUAAGGCACCUGCCAUCUACGAUGCCUUAGGACAGAUGGAAUAUCUUGACAUGGUGGUGAAUGAAGCUCUCAGCUUGCACCCAGUUGCAGUCAGAGUUGAGAGGGUCUGUAAGAAAGAUAUUGAAAUCAAUAGAGUGUUCAUUCCCAAAGGGGCAGUGGUGAUGUUGCCAAUCUAUGCUCUUCAUCAAGACCCACAGUACGGGACAGAGCCUGAGGAGUUCCACCCUGAAAGAUUCAGUAAGAAGAACAAGGAGAGCAUAGAGCCUUACAUAUAUCUGCCCUUUGGAACUGGACCCCGAAAUUGCAUUGGCAUGAAGUUUGCUCUCAUGAAUAUAAAACAUACUCUUGUGAGAUUACUACAGAACUUCUUCUUCAAACCUUGUAAAGAAACACAGAUCCCCCUGAAAUUAAGCAAGCAAGAGGUACUCCUUCGACCAGAAAAACCCAUUGUUCUAAAGGUUGAGUUGAGAGAUGAGACUGAGGAGCCUAAAGAACUGAAUGAGAACCAGCAACCAAAUAUUUUGAUCAUCAUAAUCACAGAUUCAGAACUCUAA